GCAGAUUUGUAUUUGACGUAUAACUUCAGACAAGAUAUUUUUGUAUUUUGAAAACAAGAGAAAAUUAUGUAGAGUGCUGGUAGUGAUUCAAAUAACAAUAUUUUAAGGAAAUUUUUCCAGUUAGUUUUAUCAUGAAUGAUGGCAAGGGGCAUCUCUCUUGCAAGAGUCACACAGCAAGAAAUGAAAAGGAUAUAUACAGGAUAUGCCCAUCUAAAAUAAGCAAACGAGAAUUGGAAGAUUUGUAUUUCGCAUUAUUAGAACAAAAUGUACAGUUGAAGACCACAAUCAAUGAUCAAAAAGACCAAAUAAAGAUACUGAAUACCAGAUUACAGAGAAUGACCGCUCAGAAGCCAGGGACUGGAGCGUAUAAUAAAGACUUCAGUGGGGCUGGGAGAGGAAUUAUAAAUGAACAAAAGGAAUGUAUAGCAGAUCUGAAGAAAGAUAAUGAGCGUCUAUCAGAGCGUGUCCGCUUACUGAACAUGCGCCUGUGUUCCGCCAAGCAGUUCCUCAGGCGGAGUCCUUCUCAAUCCGCCUCCAGAUGUGUCAGAUGCAUCAUACCAGACACAUCUGCUAAGAACUUAUCUACAAGCGCACUAAACAGCAAAAGAAGCGAGGGUAACCUGAAAACUGAAAUUUCAACUUCACAGCUUGUUGAGGACGAAAGCCCAUUACAAUUGCCUGAAAUAACUUCAAGUCAAGCUGAAAUACCAGUUCAAGAUCAGCCCUGCCAACGGAACAAGUGCAGAGUCGAGAUGGAUGAGCUGAAAGGAAAAAUUGCUUCCUUGGAGAAUGAAAUGUCUUCCCUCCAAUCGUCCUGGUCUUCCCGUGCCGACGAGCUCCAGUCACUACUGUCUUCCGCACGCGCUGAACACGCCACGUGUCCAAAUAGAUUGGCAGCCCUCACCACAGACCUUGGGGGUACUCGGACACUAGCAGACGAGCUGACCAGCCAGUUACAGCUGGAACGAGCUCGUGUGGGUGAGCUGGAGGCGCAGCUGAGGGCGGCGCGGAUCGACUACAACGUGGCGCUAGUGGCCGAGGGUCUGAAAAACCAAUCACACAAACUCAGCGACGUCAGUAAAGUCAACCCGCCAGUGACCGUGCUCUCCGACUGGGAGGAUAGUCCACCAAUAGUGGUCCCAAAUAAUUCCGGAAUAUCCGUGGUAAAUGAAGAGAACGCGAAUGACCGAAUGCAAGAGUCGGCUGACGGCGAGACCAAAAACAAAAAUCAUACAAAUCAUAAAAACGAAAGGGCAGUGGCUCUUCAAACACAGGGUGAUUUUAUUCUCACACAAAUAGCGAGUCUUCAGUCCCAGUUGGACGGUUUAAAGCUCACUAUCGGGGAGCGUCCCGCCGAGUCGUUGGCAGCGGACUCCAGCCUCAGUCACGAUAUCUUCAGCACCUUGCGGUUGAAGACAGUCACCGACAUUGUGAAACCUCCGGAACCCUCGCGGCACGACGAUACUCUCGUUUCCAAAGAAUUUAUAGAGGAUGAAGAAGGAACGUUGGUGUCUCGACCGCAGACACACGAGGAAAACCAAUAUGAACAGGAGUACAAGUAUCCGAUACCCGGACCUUUAUCAUUGGACAUGCCGAGAUCGUCUCUGGCGGAUAUCACGGAUAUCAAGGUCAACAAUGAGACGAAAAAGAGAAACUCGGAGAGCAGCAGAGGCAGCAAAGGCAGCGUGAGGAUCAACCUGGAUAACAUCACGGCGUCAAAGAACGGAGACGGUCGGGUGGUCCAAGACCUGAACCAAAACGGUCAAGAAGAUGUGUUUAAAAAGUUCAGACGAUCCAGCUUCAGGUUUCCCUUCGAUAGGAAACAGAGCAAAGACCUAGCGGUGCGAUACGGGCAGACGCAGACUUACGGGAGUCAAGAAGACAACAGGGAGGAAGCGAAGAAAGUCUCCAUAGGAAUCAACACCGAGCGGCACAACGACGGAGAGGCCUACGACCAGGUCCUGGGCCGCAACGAUCACGACAGGCCCGGCGACCACAACGAUCAAGUGGCCACACGGAAGAUACGGUAUAUGAGCGAGGAAAAUACGCAAGUUGGCGAGGAACCGGGAACCAGUGUUGGCUGUAACGAGACGACGGAGACGGAGAGGAGCAGCAGGGACAGGAACCAGCGAACGAAUAGUGUAGCCAUACAGUGUGACGGCCCCUCCCACACCAGGGAGACGCAUACUGGCUCUACAAAAAAAGAAUUUCCAGAAUCAGCAGCAGAUGAGGGAAAUUAUGUCCAGCUCUGUUCCGGUCACGCGGUGAUGUGUCCCUGUCCCGCGCUGGCUCCCUCGCCCCGCUCGGUACGGACCUGCGCCGGGGGACUGGCGGCCGCGCCCCCUAACAUACUGAGGCUCUGUCGCUGUGGGGACCGCGUUAAUAGACAUACUCCCCAUACAUCUACUGCCACACCGGAACCUCCCCGGCCGUCCACGGCGUCUCCUACGCCGUGUCCGUACGACGAGACUGUUACUAUAUCAGGACCUUCUUCCCCGGACACCACUGAACCCGGGGCGACCUGCGACCUUGACACGCAGAGGACUGACGAGACUGGUCCGACGGACUACAUCUCCCCGGGCGAGGAGAAGGCCACGUCAACACUCAGCGAGUCAUACGGCACCACAGACUACAGCUGUCUCAGCGAGGGAGAGGUUCCCGCUGAAGGAGGUAAGAGGCUGUCGGCCACGGAAGAUAAAAUGUUGGAAGCCAUAGGCUCCCGCUCCGAUAAGAUGGAGGAGGCGCUGCGGGCCAUCAGCGAGGAACUGACACGCUGCAGGGAGCUGCUGCAGGGGAGGGGGGCAGUGCACUCGCCGAAGACCUCUCGCGAGGUGUCGAUGAUGACCGAAGAAGUUGUACCCAUAGCACUGAAAAGAGCCGAUGCCAAGUUACGUCUACGAGAUUCGUAUACACCGAAGUGCAUAUUCACGCUGCAUGUCGGCACUGUGGUGCUAUCCGACCAGGCGGUCCUUCUCUCUCACGACAAGUCGUUACUGUUAACUUGGCGCUUCUACAAUCAGACGCCAUCCAUGACUCGUCUACUGGCUGGACGAGUUAUGAAUUUCGACUUCUCAACAGAAUACGAUCUCAAGAUAACUGAACAUUUCCUGUACUAUUUAAAACAUGAAGAGAUGCCGAUAACAAUAUCAGAGAUGGACAAACAGGACGAGGCGUUCGCUAUCUGUUCCCUGCCGUUAAGGGAUGCUCUGCUUCAUCCGAACAGAAGAGUUGAUAUGUCACUCGCACUGGUGGCAGGCAGACAGAUGACCAGAGAGCGUGGCUCGGCAGACUGUGAGGAAGCAGGGGUGCUAGAUGUAUGGUGCAUGCUCAGGGUCGACCCUAGCGCUUUGCCCGCUAUCAACACGGCCAUCAUCAGGCCCUCGUCCUUGAAGAGCCAGCAGCACUCUUCAUCCAUCAUGGAGCAGAUGCUGGAUGACGACCAAUCAUCCGACUACCGGUACUCCCGGGACCUGCACAGGCGCAGCAAACGAACGUCUGAAGAUGUUCAAUCGAGUCGCAGCGAGGCGAUGGACAAAGCACCAGAGUUAAACCAUUCACUGAACGAAGUGAUCGAGAACGAAGUGAAAAGCACUAUACGAUCUGUGAACGAUUUCAAGCAGGCUGUUGCUAAAAAAUCUAACGAUUCAACCAAUAUAUACGAAAUGUUGAAAAACAAGAAGUGGAACAGACGGAGUACUCAAAAUUCACAAAAACCUCAAGACGGCAGCAGACAGAAGUCCGUCACCAUCUGUAACCAGCCGAGGCAAUCCAGCGUUAAUAGGAGGACUAUAUCACAAGCCAAUACCGUCGUAAGCACCGACGAAAACCUUCAAAGUCUGGACAUCACGAUACAGUGGCUAGCUCUCAAUGAAGACUGUAAGGCGAUGAUUGAUCCCAAUGUGAGGAGGUUGUAUGUAGCAUACACCUUCCUUGGCCGAAGCGGUGCUGACAUGGAGACGCCCGUCAGUCUGCCGAAACCGAAGCAUUACAUGGACAAAUGUCACUUUCUGUUCAAGAAAAGUACGUUCCUCAAUCUGGUCUGCUCGCGGUUGUAGUAGUUGCUGAAUUCCUCAACUCCUUAUAUUCCCUUAUUCUUGUUUCUAUGUCUCAAUGUGUAAAAAUUGGAUGAAAUAUAGCGUGACCCAUUCUUUUACGAGGAACUACAAAAAUUAUCGAAUUAACGUUGGUAGAGUAUAUGUAUGUUUGGAGAGCUAUAGUAGACAAUAAAAAAACCUUCCUUAUAUACAGAGACUAGCACAGUUUUAGUGAUUCACGGUUGGAUCAUAGACAAGUUAAGUUCCAUGACAGUCCUCUCUCAUCAGCGUUCAUAGUGAACGAGUGUGAUAUGGUGACGCUGGGUCACUUGGCUCAGUGUCACGAGCCGGCCAACGAACCUGACCCUCAGUGCG